CUGGCUGAUUCAUUGCAGGCAGUCGGCUUUAAUCGACCACACACAGAGAAAAAAACUCAUCAGAACACUUGAAAGGCUUGACCACAGAUCCUGACAUGGACCGACUGUUGAGGCUUGGAGGUGGGAUGCCGGGGCUCGGUCAGGGUCCUCCGACAGAUGCACCUGCUGUGGACACGGCAGAGCAGGUGUACAUCUCCUCCUUGGCACUGCUCAAGAUGUUGAAGCACGGGCGUGCUGGUGUACCGAUGGAGGUCAUGGGGCUGAUGCUGGGAGAAUUUGUUGAUGACUACACAGUGCGAGUGAUUGAUGUGUUUGCCAUGCCACAGUCAGGAACAGGUGUGAGUGUUGAAGCAGUGGAUCCUGUCUUCCAGGCCAAAAUGUUGGACAUGCUGAAGCAGACUGGCAGGCCUGAGAUGGUGGUGGGCUGGUACCACAGUCACCCUGGUUUCGGCUGUUGGUUGUCUGGGGUGGACAUCAACACACAGCAGAGUUUUGAGGCCCUGUCAGAGAGAGCCGUUGCAGUGGUGGUUGAUCCCAUUCAGAGUGUCAAAGGAAAGGUUGUUAUUGAUGCCUUCAGAUUGAUCAAUGCCAACAUGAUGGUGUUGGGUCAUGAGCCAAGACAAACCACAUCUAACCUGGGUCAUCUGAACAAGCCCUCAAUCCAGGCUCUGAUUCAUGGACUCAACAGACACUACUACUCCAUCACCAUCAAUUACAGGAAAAACGAGCUGGAGCAAAAGAUGCUGUUGAACUUGCAUAAGAAGAGCUGGAUGGAGGGCCUGACCCUGCAGGACUACAGUGAGCACUGCAAGCUCAAUGAGACCAUUGUCAAGGAAAUGCUGGAGCUGGCUAAGAACUACAAUAAGGCUGUUGAAGAAGAGGACAAAAUGACACCAGAGCAGCUGGCAAUCAAGAACGUUGGAAAACAGGAUCCCAAGAGGCACUUGGAGGAGCAUGUAGAUGUUUUAAUGACAUCCAACAUUGUUCAGUGCCUAGCUGCCAUGUUGGACACUGUAGUUUUCCAGUGAUGGCCUUGUGUGUAUAACUGUUAAUAUUGCAACCCCUGUUUUCUUUUAUAUAAAAUAAAUGUAUGUAUGAAAUGAAGUCAUUGA